GUAGUGUCCAGCCGAAAUAUUGUAAUAGAAAAUGGCAACUCUUACAGUGUCAUUGUUGUGAAAGGCUGUACGAAUUAAGUUUGUUAUUAUAGGUCUAGGCCUAUACAUAUGCAUAUUCUAACGCUGAACUAAAAUUAUCGACAGACAUACAACUAAUAUAAUAAUUGAUCUGACCCAAACUACCUGGUAAGGUUUCAAGCUUUGCAAUUUGAUGGAUUGAAAACAGCAUGAUAUUCUGUUUACCGAAAUGCCUCAGAUGAGAUUCCACAAGCACCAUGGCUACAACAUUGAACUUACCGAGGAAUGCCAAAUAGCAAAACGAAAAUUCAGUUUUGCAAAUGCCAUAACUUUUGGACAGCAUCCUCUUAAGCCCGGCGACCUGUUCCUUUUUGAGAUAGAGUCGCAAGAACUGGGUUGGAGCGGCCACUUAAGAUGUGGUCUUACUCAGUACAACCCUGAGAAUCUAAAAUGUCACUACAAAGUGCCCUCAUGGCCGGACACACCUCCUGCAUCACAUUCACGCACCCAUCAUGUAGGUGCACAGUCGAGUGUUGACAGUGAAGCGGGGCUGGAGUACAUUCCACAAUAUUCUAUGCCGGAUUUAACCAACAUGGGGAAAUCAUGGAUGCACGCGGUAACUAAGUACCCUACCCGGUCCGAGGACUACCCAACAGAAUUAGACAAUCCUUUUGAAGUGGCCGAACAAUCAAAAUCUUCAAACAAAUUCAUACAAAACAUAGGAAAUUUUUUAAUUGUUGGCAAAAGUACAAUCCCAAAGAGGUAUUUAGUACGCGAUGAUUUUGCCAUCGACAUGGAGCUGAAUGAAAAGAUAGCAAGUAGGAGGUAUUCCGCAGUAUGUGUUGGAAGUCGAAUAGGAAUUACUUUUAACAUUCAAGGUGAUAGCGCUUAUAUGUAUUUCAUUAUUAAUGGUGAAGAUAGUAGCGGUACUAAGAUGGAACGCGCUAAUUUGUCCGCACCUUUUUUCCCUGUUGUUGAUGUGUAUGGUGUCACAAAGCAAGUACGGAUUCUGCAGAUCUCAUACAUGCCAUCACUACAGGAAAUGUGCCGAGAUGUCAUUAUAUCACAGAUCACUUCCUCUGCUAUUGGUGCCUUGCCUCUUCCCUCUAAACUGAAACACUACUUGAAGUUUGAAUGACAAAAAGACCCUUCCCAAAGGAACCAGCAAAAUAUUACUGAUUUUAACUUUUUUUUUUUUUAGUAGAAAUUGAUGAAAUUUUUUAAAGCUGCAAAGUGUUACACACAAUACAUACUUCAGUGAAGGGUCUUGGGAAUACAUAGCUUCUGUUUUUAAAAUCAUUAAAUUUGUGGAAAUUGUAGAUACAGUACCAGUAAGCCCACUCCAGUAUGUAAUUUUUAUGGAUUAUAAGUUGCCCGUUCAUCACACGAAUUUAGUAAAUAUUAGCAAAUUAUACCAAGAUUAUUUUUCAUAUCAAGGAUAUACGGUAUCUGUCGUGAGAAUGCAUGUUCAUGUAAAAAUACCAAUGAUAUCUCUCACCUUCUCUCUGUAAAAACAGACCUCAAUGAUGCCAGAGUUCCUGAGGUAUUUUGGAAGGUUUUGUCGCAUGGUAACAGGGCACAGCGUAUCUGUCAUUUGGCGCCCCCACCUUGUAUGAUGAGUAUCUUGUUGCUGGCAACGAACGUGUCAACAUGUUCGCUGGCAGGGGUUUAUUCAGUUAGCCAGGAAUGUGAUUUUAUGUCCAGUCCUGUCUAAACAUAACACUAUUAUAUUGUACGUAAACUCACUGGCAGUGGUAGCCAGAAUGUGAACUCUCAUCUUGGAGGUUCAGGCAAGAACCUGGAAUUAAUGAUCUUAAAAAAAAAUACUGUAUGAUUGUUUAUGUUUCAUUGCAGUUGAUGAGAAUAAUUUUCAUUAUGGUGGUGCCCUUUAAAGGACUGUUUAUACUUGCUAUGACAUCAUUUGUGAAAAUAUAUUUUUAUCGUAUACACGAUAAAUUGUUAUCAAAUCGUGCUAGUGUGAAAAGUUCUCAUUUCUUUUAUUUUCAAUAUGAACAAUUGCUUUUUAGCUUUUUACCGUUUUUUUAUCGUUACCGUUGCAAGUAUUAACAGGCCUUUAUGCCUUGAUGUAUGAGAUGAAACUAGGAAAAAGGAUUGACAGUCAACGUGUUAAUCCAUAAAAUAGUUCAUAUAUGAAGUAGUCAUUUUAUUAUAUAAAUAUACUUAACAUAAUAAUGCAAGACAGAAUGUUCCUCUUUUCUCCUAAGACCUUUUUUAUCUUCGUAAUUUGAAUUUAUUAUACAGUAUACAUAUUUGUCAUACUUGAAUUUUCUUAUAAUUUGAUUUAAUAAAAUUAAGUUUAUCUUUGCAAUUAUUUACAGUAUAGUUACAGUAAAAAUUUCCUAAGUUGACUUUGCCUAACUUGAA